ACGAGACGCUCGCUCAGGCAUCGGUGACCGUACAUUUACGAAUGGACGGCAUGAAUUUGAUAUCAAACCAUAUUCUAACUAGUCCGAAUCCUUUCAACGAAUGCUUAAUUUUACAAGGCUAUUAGAACGUUAUACUUAUAGUUCAGUUUAGCCGUCUGUAGCUUAGACAUGGCGUCUUGAGCUAUGUGAAAAUGGCUCUAUAACACGGUGUUGUGGAGGGCGCGUGGUCCAUUCAACAAGGAGCUGUGGACACCAGCAGGCAGGAUGGAGGAGAAGAAACGCAACAUCCGGAUCAUUGAAUGGGAGGACCUGGACAAGAAAAAGUUCUACUCCCUGGGUGUGUUCAUGACCAUGACCACCAGGGCCACAGUCUACCCGUUCACCCUCAUCCGCACCCGGCUGCAGGUGCAGAAGGGCAAGUCCCUCUACAAAGGCACCUUUGACGCCUUCUACAAGAUCCUGAAGGCGGAGGGCCCGCGAGGCCUCUACCGAGGCUUUAUGGUUAACACCUUCACCUUGAUCUCAGGCCAGGCCUACAUCACCACCUACGAACUGGUAAGGAAGUACGUGUCCCAAUAUUCCAGCAAUAACACAGUGAAGUCUCUGUGGGCAGGGGGAGCGGCGUCCCUGGUGGCCCAGACCAUCACUGUGCCCAUAGAUAUGGUCUCUCAGCAGCUCAUGAUGCAAGGCCAGGUGGGACACCUGAGCCGCUUCAAGGUCAAACCCAAAAUAAUGAUGGCGACAUCCAAGAGCAAAGUGACUUUCGGACAAACCAGGGACAUUGUGGUGCAGAUAUGCGCCGCAGACGGUUUCCGGGGAUUUUACCGGGGAUACGUGGCAUCCCUCCUCACCUACAUCCCCAAUAGCGCGGUGUGGUGGCCUUUUUAUCAUUUUUAUGCAGAAAACCUUUCCAAACUAGCCCCCAGUGAUUGUCCUCACCUGCUUCUGCAGGCUAUCGCUGGGCCAAUGGCAGCAGCCACAGCCUCCACCAUCACCAAUCCCAUGGAUGUUGUGCGGGCCAGAGUGCAGGUGGAGGGCAGGUCAUCGGUCAUUGCAACCUUCAAGCAGCUGCUGGCAGAGGAAGGACCUUGGGGGAUGACUAAAGGGUUGUCUGCCCGCAUCAUCUCCUCCACCCCCACGGCCGUGGUCAUCGUGGUGGGCUACGAGACCCUCAAGAGACUGAGCCUGCGGCCUGAGCUGGUCAACUCUAGACACUGGUAAAUACCAGAGGGACAACCAGGGACAGACCCGGGCUAGACUGGGCCAGGUAGCCAGGGACACUGUCAAACAAAGACAAAACAUGGCUACCUGGUCCCCCAUAUUGCCGAUUCGGGUUGCCUUUGAAAAACUGUUGCCUUUUUUAUGUUUUAAUGUGAGGUUGGUGGAUUUUAUCAUGAUGUUUGGGCAGAGGAAUUAUGAUUCAUACCUUUUUGUUUUCAGGGAGUACAACUGUAGAUAUUGGAACUUGUCAAUUAGAGGUAUGGAGAAAAAUGUGUGUUGCAAAUGAAAGUGUAAUAAGGAGAGUCAUUUAAUUUACUAAUUAUAAGGCUUGGUAAAUUUGACACUGGGUUAAACUGGUUUUCAAAAAAGACUCACAAAUCCUUUGUUGCACUUAAAGAAUGGUGUUUGUUAACUUUAAAUGGUACAUGUUUGUCAGCUUUGUAUUGUUCAUGUAUUCACCCAAUGGUUGCGUUUCACUGGCAAAGGUAAUGUAGACAACCCUGCUGAGAGCCUGUCGACAGGGCAGGUUAUUACAUUCAAGUUCUCUUCCUAGGGUGAGAAAGGACCAGGGCUAUGUUGAAUAAGAGCAGAACUGCUCUAUAGUACCCUUUUUCACAGAAUAUGAUUUGUGUAAAGCAAGUUAUUCAAAAUAGGCUUGGGAAACACUAUGGCAUGGUAAAAUUACUGGUGCCUCAACACAUCUCAAUUUAAAAACAGAGCUACCUACUCCUGCCCUCAAUGCUUGUGGACUGUUGGGAAUAGUACACUAUAUGGGAAUAGUACACUAUAUACAAAAGUAUGUGGACACCCUUUCAAAUGAGUGGAUUUGGCUAGUUCAGCUCCACCAGUUGCAUACAAUUGAGCACACCGCCAUGCAAUCUCCAUAGACAAACAUUGGCAGUAGAAUUGCCUUACUGAGGAGUGCCAUGUUGAAAGUCAUUGAGCUGUCAUAAGAUGCCCCCUCAAAUGUCUACCCUGCUUAACUGUAAGUGCUGUUAUUGGGAGGUGGAAACAUCUAGGAGCAACAGCUCAGCCGCAAAGUGGUAAGCCAUACAAACUCACAGAAUGGGACCGCUGAAGUGCGUAGGGUGUAAAAAUAAUCUGUCCUCGGCUGCAACACACUACCAAGUUCCAAACUGCCUCUGGAAGCGACAAAAUAACUCAGUCUGGAGCUUCAUGAAAUGGACACCCUAAGAUCACCAUGCGCAAUGCCAAGCGUCAGCUGGAGUGAUGUAAACGCUUGCCGCCAUUGGACUCUGGAGCAGUGGAAACACUUCACCAUCUGGCAGUCCGACGGAUGAGUCUGGGUUUGGCGGAUGCCAGGAGAAUGCUACUUGCCUGAAUGCAUAGUGCCAACUGUAAAGUUUGGUGGAGUCCCCGCAGCAAUGUUCCAACAUCUAGUGCAAAGCCUUCGCAGAGUGGAGUCCGUUACAGCAGGAAAGGGGGGUACAAACUCCAUAUGAAUGCCCAUGAUUUUGGAAUGAGAUGUUCGACAAGCAGGUGUCCACAUACUUUUGAUCAUGGUGAGGCAGCCAUUUUAGGAGUCCAUUGUCCUGAAACAUGCCACAAUAAAAUGCUCUAUGAAGUGUUUCUUGGCUAAAAUUAGAUUUAGCAAUUUAAUUAAUGGGUUCUAAAUGUACUACAUACAUUUCAUGGAGUAUAUGCUAUAGUGAAUAUGGUUGUGUUAUGAAUAUUUCAACUUUUUUUCUGUAAGUUGUAGACUGAACUGUUGCACUUCAUUGAUUUUAGUUCAUGAAAUUAACAUUGUUUGUAAGCAUUCACGCAUUAUGAAUUUGCCCAUCUGCUCAUACCUUCCUCAAAUAUGAGUGGCGAUAUUUGGCACCAUGCUCAGUUGUGAAGUAUACCCAUGUUAACUGGAUAGGGUGUUCUGAUUUCUUCAAUGAGAUAGCAACAAUUUCAGGUCACAACUGUGUUUUGGAUAAAGUAAAUAGAUUUAAGUUAUUUUAACUUGAUGGAAAAUGUCAAAUACUGUCACAGCACACCCAGCCUUUAAGUUUCUCCUAAUGCUUAGCAAAAAAUCAUAACUCAUGAAUUUGAAUUGCAAGGUCAUUGACAGUUUGUACAAUAAAUUGGACUUCACACUUUCAGGAA